GGGAAAGAGAGAGGGAGGAGAAGAGGGGCGGGAAAGGUCUGGAUCCUCGUUGCAAAAAGAGGGUGACGCGUUUUUUUACUCUUCUGGCGAUUGCUGCCUUUCCCUGGAUUCAGCGGUUCUCCGGGAGGAUUUUCAGGUAGCCUGAGUCCAGAGUAAUUUAGACGGCAACCUUGAGAAGGAACCUGCCUACUAUUAUCAGUCAUCUCUACAUUGAGUCUGAAAGAUGGCUCCACCAGUUGAACAUACAUAUAAUUCUGUGGAGUCACUCUCAUCACAUCCUCCUCUUAAUGAAAGGAUACUUUCAUCCAUGUCAAGGAGGGCCGUCGCAGCACACCCUUGGCAUGACCUUGAGAUAGGACCUGGAGCUCCUUCGGUUUUCAAUUGUGUUGUUGAAAUAGGGAAAGGGAGCAAGGUGAAAUAUGAGUUGGAUAAAAAAACUGGGCUCAUAAAGGUAGACCGUAUAUUAUACUCAUCAGUCGUGUAUCCUCACAACUAUGGUUUCAUCCCUCGGACGCUUUGUGAGGACAAUGAUCCCAUGGAUGUCUUGGUCCUGAUGCAGGAACCAGUACUUCCAGGAUGUUUUCUCCGGGCAAAAGCUAUAGGUCUCAUGCCUAUGAUUGAUCAGGGAGAAAAAGAUGACAAAAUAAUUGCAGUAUGUGCGGAUGAUCCCGAGUAUCGGCACUACACAGAUAUCAAGGAGCUUCCACCACAUCGCUUGGCUGAAAUCAGACGCUUUUUUGAAGACUACAAGAAGAACGAGAAUAAAGAAGUUGCUGUUGAUGAGUUCCUCCCUUCUUCUACUGCCUAUGAAGCCAUUCAACAUUCCAUGGAUCUGUAUGCCAGCUAUAUUGUGGAGACCUUGAGGAGAUAGGGUUUGCUGCAGUCUUCAAGGGAAAAAGUUACAAGUUUGACAAACAAUUUACACCAGUGUUUCAGAAUUUUCAGCCUCGUUUGUUUACUUUCUUGAUAUUUGAAAAUUGUUAUUCCAAUGCAUGUAAAUAUAUCAUCUCCUUGAUGAAUGUCUUUGCAUGACUUUUGAUAUAAAUACAAAUGAAAACUUUAUGCUUGUCACCAAGAACAGACAUAUAUACAGGCUUUGCCUUUGUCAUUUUUUC